CCAACAACAGGAGCUCUUUGUUUUUCAUACGCUAAAACCACUCUAUUGACAUUUUCAUCUCUUCCAAAACUCCAUUUUUAAUCACACAUACAAAAAAAAAAAAAAAGGGAAGUGGCAUAAUGGCUUUAUUGUUGUCAAAAUCAAGAAAAUUGAUCUGUUUGAAACCCAAGAUUGGAUUUUUAUCAUCUGUUUAUCAUAAUCAUACUCUUAUAUCACCAAAUCUGAGAACCCCAUUUCGAAUUCUUGGUUUAAAUCAAUCUCAUUUUGCAUAUUUCCGUUUUGGAUCAACCAAAGCUCAAACACAGUUAAAUCCCAUGCACAGCAUUCAUAAUGAUUCCCAGGUCCUCGAUUUCCCUGGAGGCGAGGUCAAAUUCACCUCACAUUUGAACUUUAUUCCUGAAACAAGGGAGGAGAGAGUACACUGUUACCGGGUCCUUGAUGAUGAUGGUUACCCAAUCACUAACGAUUUUGCACAGAUUGAAAAGGAAGUUGCGUUGAAAAUAUAUACUGAUAUGGUCACACUUCAAACAAUGGAUACAAUCUUUUAUGAAGCACAAAGACAAGGACGGAUAUCUUUCUAUCUUACCACAGUUGGAGAAGAAGCUAUCAACAUUGCAUCAGCUGCUGCACUUAAGACCGACGAUUUCAUCUUUCCACAGUAUAGGGAGUCCGGAGUUCUAUUAUGGAGAGGGUUUACCAUUCAAGAAUUUGCCAAUCAGUUGUUUGGAAACAAAAACGAUUAUGGAAAAGGCAGGCAGAUGCCUAUCCAUUACGGAUCUAAUAAGCACAAUUAUAUUACUGUUGCAUCAACAGUAGCUACUCAGCUUCCACAUGCUGUUGGUGCUGCCUAUGCUCUAAAGAUGGACGCGAAAAAUGCAUGUACAAUUGUAUAUUUUGGAGAUGGAGGAUCUAGUACGGGAGAUUUUCAUGCUGCUCUGAACUUUGCCGCGGUGUUAGAUGCACCCGUUAUCUUUUUCUGCCGGAACAAUGGGUUUGCCAUAAGCACACCUGUUAGUGACCAGUUUAGAAGUGACGGUGUUGUUACCAAAGGACAGGGCUAUGGAAUUCGUAGUAUUCGUGUGGAUGGUAAUGAUGCUCUUGCUGUUUUCACUGCUGUCCAUGAGGCACGAAAAAUGGCUGUUAAUGAAUGUAAACCUAUUCUAGUUGAGGCUCUUACUUAUAGAGCAGGACAUCAUUCGACCUCAGAUGACUCAACCAAAUAUCGUCCAGCUAAAGAAAUCGAAUGGUGGAGAAGAGAAAGAGACCCUGUAAGCAGAUUUAAGAAAUGGAUUGAAAGAGAAGGCUGGUUGAACCCUCAGGUUGAAUCCGACCUUCGCAGUAAUAUCAGAAAGCAGGUACUGCAAGCCAUUCAAGUUGCAGAAAAACAAGAGAAGCCCCCAAUUAAGGAUGUAUUUACAGAUGUAUAUGAUGUUUCUCCAGCCAACCUCCAAGAACAAGAAGUAUCUAUUCGUGAAACAGUUCGAAAACACCCACAGGAUUAUCCUACUGAUGUUCCUGUCUAGUUGAAACUGCUUAAAGAGUUUUAAUGUAAUUAGCAAAGUUGUUGCAUAUCUCUCAAGAGGGACCAUUCUUAUUAAGAAAAAUGAUUCCACAAGGAAAUAAUUAAUUGA